GGGCUCGACGGCGGGCGGAGCGGCCGAUCAGCUGUUCCGAGCGCUGCACAACAACAAAAGGACCUGGACGGGCCGGCCUGCGCGCAGCGACAGGAGGGCCGGAGCUGCUCCGUGCCUGCCGUCCGGGGACCCGAGCGAGCGCAGCCCGUCCCGGCCGCCGCUACCUCAGCAGCCCCGCGCCAGUGCGCGCCUCCCGCUGCGGAGCCCGGGGGUCGCUUCCUUCGCCUCGCGUCCCCGCUGCCGCUCGGGCCCACGGAUAAUGACUCUUCUUAUUGUUCACCUAAGUUAAAUAAGCAACUUGUGCACUUUAAUCUCCUGCCAGUACCUUCUGGCCAACUGAAGACAUUUUGGAAUCUCAGCUAUAAAGACAGCCAGCCAAAGUCUUAAUCUUGCCUUAACAAUGUUCCAGAGGCUGAAUAAAAUGUUUGUGGGUGAAGUCAAUACUUCUUCCAACCAAGCACCAGAAUUUAGUGAAAAAGAAGAUGAUGAAUGGAUUCUUGUUGACUUUAUAGAUACUUGCACUGGCUUCUCAGCAGAAGAGGAAGAAGACGAGGACAUCAGUGAAGAGUCCCCUACUGAGCACCCUUCAGUCUUCUCCUGUUUACCUGCAUCUCUUGAAUGCUUGGCUGAUACAAGUGAUUCCUGCUUCCUCCAGUUUGAGUCCUGUCCAAUGGAGGAGAGCUGGUUUAUCACCCCUCCCCCGUGUUUUACUGCAGGUGAAUUAACCACUAUCAAAGUGGAAACGAGUCCUAUGGAAAACCUUCUCAUCGAACAUCCCAGCAUGUCUGUGUAUGCUGUGCAUAACUCCUGCCCUGGUCUGAGUGAGGCCAGCUGCGGGACUGAUGAACUUCAUAACCCAAGUAGUCCCAGGGCCAGGAAAAGCUGCUUAUAGGACUCUCGGGCACAGAAGUGGAAGCUCAGAAUGAAAUGGGGCAGCACAUUCAUUGCUAUGUUGCAGCUCUUUCUGCUCACACAACUUUUCUGGAUCAGCCCAAGAGCUUUCGCCCUUCCCAGUGGAUAAAAGAACAUAGUGAAAGACAGUCUCUUAACAGAAACAGUCUUCGUCGCCAAAAUCUUACCAGGGAUUGCCACUCUCGGCAAGUCAAGCACAAUGGCUGGGUUGUUCAUCAGCCCUGUCCACGUCAGUACAAUUACUAAGAAUUUCAAGUUGUAUUGGUUGGUUUCUCUUGGUUUGUACAUAAGUGUGUGGAUGUGCGUAUAUGUACAAUGAAAAUAUUGUCUCUUUACAGCCAACUGAUGACCAAUCACAUAGUUUGAUCAGUGUGUUUAGACACUAUCUUGAAAACUAGAUUUAUAUGCUGUGUAUCACAUAAUGCCUUGCUCUUAACAUUUACUUAUUUGUAAAUUUUUUCAGAAUAUUUUUCAAAACAUAUCAAUACAGUGACAGUGUUUGGUGUUUGGGGAUGUCUUUAAAUCUAUUAAGGUGUACAUGAGUUAGCAUUUUAAAGACAUUGCUUCCCAAGUACAAGAAUGGGCAUCUUUCAGUUUCAUCUUGUUUUAUAUUAAUCAAUCUUUUGAGCAAGCAAAAAUUUUUUCUCAGGGUCAGCCAUACACUUUAUUGACCAGUACUUGAUAAUCUUUUCUGUAUAUAAUGAAUACAUUUUUACACACUAACAUGAGCAUUAACAGGUGAUAGUUGCCAUGGAUAUUAAUGGAAUUAUGGCUGGACUUUUUUUUGAAAGAAAACUUGAUAUAUUUCUGUGUGUAUGGUUUUUUUUCUUUUUUUUUUUUUUCAGAUUAGUCAUGCAGUUCAUUUUGGAAUUCAGGUACAUUAAGCUUUAGUGAACAGUGCAUUCAGAAAUUCCAAUGUGACUAUGUGACAUGGUACAGACAUCACAGGUGUUGUGGACAAGAGCACUGUCCCAUGUGCAGAGGGAUUAAAUUAGACCUGUGAAAUUAUAUUUGGAAAAAUUCAUGUCUAUAACUAAGCCACUAGUCCAGUAUUUAAGUUGUUUCGAUUUCUUCCUGCCAUCUCUGCCCACUCCCCACCUCACAUCAGCUAUAAAUUCAGAAGUACUUGCCCAGGAACUUGCGUGACUUCUUACUUACAUCUGCCCACGGGAAAAGAGGCUUCAAUUACAGUGAAAAAUACUCUGUCCUGGAGCUUCUCCUGCCAAGUGGCAAGCAAGGGUGAGGGGGAACUCGUGGUAGUGUCUUUCAUAGCUUCUACGGACAGAGUGACAGGUUGGCUUCCUUGACUUUCUAUGUUUUGAUUUAACUUCAGGCAAAAUCUUUAACCACUCUGGCCUCUGGUUUCUUCUACCAACAAGGGAGUAGUGAUACUUACCUCCCUCACAGAGUUGUUGUAAGGAUUAUAUGCUGAUUUGAAGUGGGGCUGUCCAGAACUGAACCUUGUAGGAAAUUCCAAGGGCCUUUCUGUUAAAUCUGGUGAUGCUGUGAGGCUGAGGCAGUUUCUCUGCCACAGCUGUUCUUCACAGUGUUGGUGCUAAUGAGGCCAGGGUGCAGGGUUCGAUUCAUAAGUAGGCCAGCGCAGAGAAAAUCUCUUUCCUUACCUUUAGGCAGUCACUUCCUUUUUUAGCAGUUGUGAUGGGUUUUGUUGAGCCAUCCGCACUCUCACCAGUUUCCUCUGAAAUUAAGUAAUUAUACAUUUACAAUCUGAAGCACUUUCUACCAACAGAGCUUAUUUUUCCAUCUUCUCUUCAGCCCUAAUUAAAUGAAUACACAUACACGUGUCUGUAAAGUAUUUUCAAGGAAGAGAGCAGCAGUUAGUUAUGUAAAGUAUUAUAUUUUUCAAUAACCCUGUAACAGCUUGAUGCAGGGAAUGCUGGGAGACUUUCAGGGAAGAGCUGUGCUCUUUUCUGGCCAUUUGAAGUUGAAAAAGGUCAGAUAUGUUAGCUGGGUGGUGGUUCUGGAUUAUUCUUCCAUUGGCUAUGAUGAAUGCCAGGAUGUCUCUUUAGAACAAGAAUCUGGACUCCCCCUUUUCUCCUAAUUGCCCCUCUGUUUUGAUUUUCUCUUUAUUUAUUUGUUUUCUAAGUAGGGGCCAAGUCUGUAAAGUUUUGUCAAACUGAGUUAAAAGUUAUUUUGUUACUAUUUGUGUUUACCAGAGUUGGGAGAUAAGGUAGAGCUUUCAUGAAGGUGUGUAUGUUUUACACCAUGUCUGUUAUAGGGCCAUAUGUCAGUAACUUGAAAAUAGACCAGCUAAAUGUCUUCAGGAUGUAAGCCUCUGAAUACAUGGGGUCUCUUUUUCACAUAUUGCAUGGAAGUUGUUAGUACCUCAAGAGAUACAAAAGUUCAGCCAUGAGAAUUUGUUCGACAGCAUGAACAGUUUUGUAUAUACAGCUGUGCAGUGGUCUUUGUUGUUUUUUUUUCCAGAUUUCCUGAUAUUUCAAAUGCAUUCAUAUCUCUUAACAGUUAUUGAAUUUUUGUUCGCUUUAUCUGGACCUAGCCUUUUAUGCCUUGUACCUUGAAAACAAAAAAUUUCAGUCACCAGGUUUGGAUUACAACACCAGCUGUGAUAUACUGUGGUUUCUGUGUCAGUGUCUAAAGUUUCUAAAAUUGGCACAUGUAAGAAUCAAAGAAAAUGGUUAUGUAUUUCAGUGGAAGUUCUUGGUCAUUCAAAGUUAGGCAUCUACUGUGUGUAGGACACAAGGCCAAUAAUAACACAGAACAUGUUGACCUGUUAAGUAUUCUCUGAAACAUGGCCAAAAUGCAUUUUAUUAUGAUCUUAUUAAUAUUUCUGUUAUAAAUAUUAGUGGUUUACAGUGUGCUUUAGUGCAUAUUUCCUAAACAUUCAAGCAGUGAGAAAUAAGACCCCUUUGAGUUUAGUAGCUCUGACUGUUUCUAACCUGACACCAAUAUUACUUGGUGAAAGUCUGGAGUUCAUGGUGCACCCACACAGUGCUUUGUGAACGCAUUUCAUUAGCUUUUAUAAUGCACCAUGCUUCUCAAAGUCUUUGUUAAUAAAAUAUUUUAUAAUAUAUAUCCUACGUUUAUUACUUUUUCCUCCUCAACCAGUUGAAUUACGUACUGCACUGUACAUCUGAAGAUUAGAGCCAUCCAUUAUUUAUCUUCUGCGGCAAUGCAUUUCUAUGGUUAGUUGGGUGGUGAAUUUUUUGCAGAAAAUGCAAAGUAAUUAGAUUUUUUACUUCCUACUGCAGAUGCCCUUUUAAUAUUAAUUUCCUGAACAUUUUUCCAAUUCCCAUGCAAACCCUUCCUGUUUACAUAUAUUCUCUGUUGUUAGUACUUUGAUCCUAGGGAGAAGACAGUUUACCUACAACUUGAGAGUGCUGUUCAGCUUUGCCUGUUGUUUUUGCUUCUCUAAUCUGUAUAAUACACUGGUUUGUCAUCUGUGUCUUUGUUGAAAUCUGAGUUUCUUUGCUAUUUCUCUUCCUCUUCAAAGAAAUAUAUUGUCUUUACAUAGUCUUAAAAAAAAAAAGAGCAAGGAAGGGUAUCUUUGUUAUCGUCAUUUUCUUUUUGAGUUGGAAACAAAAAAAUGAAGGACUCCAGCUAGAGGGUAGACAUUACAUUAAAAUAGACUAGUUUAAAAGUUUGAGUUUCCAAGUAUUAGUUUUUGUUUUUAGACUUGGUUAAGAGACUGCUCCUUGUCCUAGGAGAUACUAGUAUAUGUUUGCAAUGUUACCUUAAAAUUAUCUUUUUAUAAAACCUAUAAAUACUGGUUAAACUCUUUUUACAAGUUGGGCUUCUUUAUCAUGGAUGGUUGCACUGCCAUCAGCCAUGCUGAUACGUUAUAAAUGGCAUCCCCGUGUACUUACUGUAAUGCUUAAAAUCUUACAUAAAAUGCUUUAUUUAGAAAACCUAUAUAAUACAAUGGUGUCAGCCUUGCCAAGAACCAAUUUCACUUGAAAUUUGACACCCACUAAGGUGGUUCAGGGUGGAGCAAAAGGUACUGGAAAGCAUAGAGAUAAGGUUAUCUUUUCUAAUUUGCAACAGUAUCCUUUAUGUGGGAGGAAAAGUUACUGUUCAGAGGAAGGCAGCUUAAGUGGAUAAUGUUUUGUGUAUCAUUGAGAAUUUUCUUUAUGACAUUUUUAAAAGUUGUAUAAUUGUUGAAUGUCCAGUUUUGCUCUGUGUUUGCCUGAAGUUUUAAUAUUUGUUUUCUAGGUGGACUUCUAAAAACCAAACCAGUACCUGGGGAGGUUAGACGUGUGUGUUUUCAGGCUUGGCGUGUAUGAGUGGUUUUGCUUGCUUCUCGGUUGUGUUUUCUUCCAGACGUUUUGAACUUUAAUCAAUAAUUGUGUGUGUUAUUUAAAAAAAAAAAAAAAGUGGCUUUUUUUUUCCUCCAGUAAAAUUGUGAACACAUUUUCUUUUCAAUAGCAGGGUGUGAGGUAUGGAAACUGCAGAGUAUUGUAGAUUGUACCAUGUGCCUUUCUGAAUGUGUUUCUGGACAAAUUUUCUUUCAACUUGAAAACUCAAAAGGGACAUUUGGUUCGGUUACAUGUAUACUGUAUAUCAAUCUAUGCAUAAAAUGGCAGCUUGUUUUCUUGAGCCACUGUCUAAAUUUUUUUCUGUUUUUAUAGAAAUUUUUUAUACUGAUUGGUUCAUAGAUGGUCAGUUUUUUACACAGACUGAAUACAGCACUUUGCCAAAAAUAAGUGUAGCAUUGCUUAAAUGUUGUGUGUUAACACUUAUUCUUUGUAAUUGGGUUCCGUGGUGCAUUUUGCACUGCCUGGAGUUAUGGUUUUUAAUCUGUCAGUAAAUAAAAUGUCCUUUAACUUCA